AUGAAGCCGCCGCUCCGCAUAGCAAUCCUCGAGUGUGACACGCCUCUAACUCGGACGAAAUCCAAGUAUGGCGGGUACGGCGGCGUGUUCAAGAGUUUGUUAGAGGCUGGCGCAGAUGCGCUGGGUCAGCCGGAUCUGGUGUCCUCGAAGAAGGGACUUGAUAUCACGAAGUAUGAUGUUGUGAAUGAGGAGAGGUACCCAACGCUGGGGAACAUCGAUGCGGUUUUGAUCUCUGGAUCUCGUCACAACUCCUUCGAGAAUGUGCCGUGGAUAGUCAAGCUCGUGGAGUUCAUCAGGCAUUUACUGGAAGAGCAAGAUCGGAUCCGCGUUAUCGGAGUCUGUUUCGGGCACCAGAUCGUUGGCCGCGCGAUGGGUGUCAGAGUUGACCGCAGCGACAGAGGUUGGGAGACUUCUGUCACACCGGUGAACUUAACGAAGAAGGGGAAGGACCUGUUCAAGCUUGAUAAGCUCAUGAUCCACCAGAUGCACAAGGACAUGGUAUAUGACUACCCCCCAGGAGUGGAAGAGCUAGGAUACACCGAACGCUGUGCAGUGCAAGGCAUGUACAGGAAGGGGAGGGUCAUCACUGUCCAAGGCCAUCCGGAGUUCACUCGAGACAUAGUUACUGAGCUGUUGGAGACGCGCCAUAACCAGGGCAUCUUUGACGACAAAGCCUUCGAAGAGGCGAUGAGCAGAGUUGCUAAUCGGCAUGAUGGAGUUGCUGUUGCUUCGGCGUUCCUGCGGUUUUUGCUGGAGGACUAG